AUGCAUUUAUAAUAAUUUAUUACGCUCCUCUCAACCUGUCAACGGUGGCGGGAAAUGUGACGUUUUGAUUUUUUAAUUUACUUUUUACUUUUUUUUUUUUUACAAAAGGUUUAUUUUUAAGCCUUCGUUUCACAAUUACUUCGUGAAUAAAGUAUUUAAUGAAAAUAUUAAUCGUUGAAAAAAUUACGAUUUAAGUUGUGACGUGAAUUUGAAUAAACGAAAAUUGUCUCAGGAUAUGUCUGAAGAAAUUUAGGAAGAAUAAAAACGGUAUUUAAAUUCCAGGAUGUGUUUAGCCGCAAUAGUCUCAGCAUUGCUGAUCGGAUAUGCGGCUGCGAGAGACGCUAACUGCGACUUCUCGACAAAUGUCGCAGUUGGGACCACGUAUUAUGUAUACAGUCCAAACUACCCGCAAUUCUAUCGCCCAGGCAUUCAGUGCAGGUGGCAGGCUCGGUGCCCGGCCGGGUACAAUUGUAGGCUGGAUUGUAAUGACGUUAAUAUACCACAGACUCCAUCAUGUUCCAUGGACCGUCUCCUCAUAUCGAAGUCUGGAGACCCUCAAUUAACGAAUGCUGAGUAUUAUUGUGGACGCGGAACAGUUAGUGCGGUGUCCACUGGUCAAAGGAUUAGCGUAGCUCUCAUAACCUCAACACGUACUACUGGAGGAAGGUUUAUGUGCGAACUAAGAGCACAGCGUAUCACAACUUGCUCUUGUGGAUAUCGAAGAUUGGACAGAAUCGUCGGUGGCGAAGAAGCGAGACCCAAAGAGUUUCCAAUGAUGGCUGGUAUCGUGUAUGCUGACCAAGGUGCGAUUAAAUGUGGAGCUGUUAUCAUCGACAAGAAGUACGUCCUCACUGCGGCUCAUUGCGUGGUCAAUGAGGCGAUCUCGAAUUUGGCGGUGAUUGUUGGCGAAGUGGAUACAAGUACUGGAAGUGAAUCGGAGACGCAAGGCUUCAGAGUCGCCUCAGUAAUAGUUCAUCCUCAAUACACAGCAUCAAAUUACGACUACGAUAUUGCGAUUGUUAAAAUCGACGGGGUGAUGAGGUACACUGACUACGUCGCUCCAGUCUGUCUGCCAUUUAAAUACAGCAACGACGACUUCAACGGGGCUAAGGUUACCAUGGCAGGUUGGGGCACACUAUUCGUUGGAGGCCAAACAUCCAAUGUGCUGAGGAAAGUGAAUCUGGAUGUCAUCAGUCAGGCAACUUGUAGGCGAAGUUUCCCUGAUCUAACACCACGUCAGAUGUGCACGUAUACCGCAGGGAAGGACGCUUGCCAGGACGACUCAGGCGGCCCCGUGCUCUACACCGACCCUCAGAGCGGAUUGAUGUACAACGCGGGUAUCAUAAGCUACGGCAGAUUCUGCGCCUCUCGAGAUCCCGGCGUCAACACGCGCGUCACCUCGCUCCUUGCCUGGAUCGUGGCUAAUGCCCCUGCUGACUAUUGCAUGAAAUAAAUUGAUUUUACCGAA